GCCACCGACUUUACGUCAAAACCCACACUUUAAUUGAUCCUCUCGCCUAGGGUUUCUUCGUCCCCCGUGCUUGUUCCCCUUUUCCCCAUUCCUCUAUUCUUUCACAUAUUUUUCCCCAUUUUUCCUUUCCGAUCAAUCACUCUACCCUCUGUUUGAUCCUUCUCGUACCUAAACUUUUCUGGGUUUUAGUUGGUAACGUGAAAUGAAGAAAUCUUCAUGGUCAAAAUGAUGUUAUCACCUGCAGUUGGAAAGUUUAGAAAUGGAAGGAUCUACAUCUACUUCGAAAGACAUAUCAUCUGCAAAAGCAGUGAUGAUGGGGGCAUUGGCUUCUGGUGUAAAUGGCCCUACAUGGUUCGUGCUCAAGAUUACGUUUUUGCUUCUCUGCCUCUGUUUUGCCGCGAUGCUUUCUCUUGCACUUUCAUCAAAAAACUUCAUGAUCGCGGGCCAUGUUCUUUUGCUUGUCGUCAUUCUUGUGGUGCUUUUUGGGCUCCUAAAUUGGUUUCUUGCUCAGACUGGUCUGGUAUCAGUUGAGAAACAGAUGGAGGAAAUCGGCAUUCUUGAGAAGGAAAAUGUUGAAAAAGAUGAGUAACUAACACAAGAAAACGCAGUCUUUUUUAUAAGAAUUCAUCAAAACAUACUACAUACACUUUGGAACGAAAUACAAAUGAUUGAUUUCUACAGUGCGAGAAAGAUAAAACAUGAAUGAAUCGACUUCAACUUCCCUUUUCGUCCUUCUCUUUCGGCUUGCUCUUUUUGGUCUUCUUUAUGAAGCAGAAGCAUGAGAAACAGGGACACUCAAUCAAGAACUUCAUUCUAUUAACUCCAAGCUAUGAGUAGGAACAGCUUCUUCUUCCUCCUCUUCGCCACUUUUAAAUCGAAGCUAUAUGGAUUCCUUUCCUCACCAUUUGCUAAAGAGGAUGCCUCAAAAGUCUUAAUAUUUUAUUGCCAUUUGUCUCUUUUAUCUCUCAUUUUGUGAGUCGUUUUUGCCAUUCUUAAAAUCAUACCCAAUUCUUACUAUUAUUAUUGUAUUUUUUGGAUGGUAAAGUAUCAAGAAAAGAAGGUUGAUGCACCAUGUUGAAACUU